GAGAAGUGAAAAGUUAGGUUAAAGCUUCGGGGAGCGCGGCGAAGUAUCUGGUCACGAGGGUUGAAGAUGCCUCGCUACGAUGAUCGUUACAGCAGCAAUGACCGAUACGGUGGUGCGCGUCUCUAUGUUGGCCACCUCUCCUCUCGAACAAGGGAACGCGAUCUUGAACACCUCUUCAGCAAAUACGGAAGGUUUCUUGACCUGGAGGGUUUGUGGUGAGAGAGAGGGUUCACCUUGGUGGUGUUCUGUUUGUUGUAUUGGUUGCGUGUUUUGGUGGUGAACAUGGCAACAAUCUCAAUUCUGGUGUUUUGUUCUGCCGUUGUUGGUGGUCAAGUAUUAUAGCAGCUACACCAGUAGCGUUUGUUAAAAGUAAAAUGAUGGCCUUACUGUUUCUGGCUAACCAUUUCCGCAGAAUUCGAGAUUUGGACAUGAAGCGAGACUAUGCCUUCAUUGAGUUCAGCGAUCCUAGAGAUGCGGAUGAUGCGAGGUACAGGCUGGACGGAAGAGACUUUGAUGGAAGCCGUAUCACUGUGGAGUUUGCCAGAGGGACACCUCGUGGUUCCCGUGACUUUUCCUCGAGCAGAGGCCCUCCUCCCCCAGGGAGUGGUCGUUGCUUCAACUGUGGUCUCGAAGGACACUGGGCUCGUGAUUGCUCUGCUGGUGACUGGAAGAACAAAUGUUAUCGAUGUGGAGAUAGGGGUCACAUUGAGAGGAACUGCAAGAACAGUCCUAAGAAGCUCAGGCGGGACGCAAGUUACUCAAGAUCGCCGGUUAGGUCUCGGUCUAGGUCUCCUCCUCGUCGCAGAAGAAGAAGCCCCAGCAGAAGCUAUAGCCGUGACCGUAGCUACAGUCGCUCCAGAUCUCCGGUUAGGAAGGAAACGGAUCGUAGCCCUGAAGCUGCAAGGAGCAGAAGCCCUGAAGCUGCUAGGAGCAGAAGCCCUGAAGCUGCUAGGAGCAGAAGCCCUGAACUAAUGGUGGACAACUCUCCUCCAUCAAAAGAUAGGAAGCGAAGUUUGACUCCUGAAGAAGGCAGUCCAAUGCGUGAGAAGAACAGCCCCAAGGAGAAUGAAUUGAGCCCGAGAGGAAACGAUGGUGGAGGUAUUGGAACCAAUGAGCAAGACCGAAGCCAUAGUCCCAGAGAAGACCGUAGCCCUGUGGAGGAUGAUGACCAGUGAAGAGUGGGGAAACAAAUAUUGGUGAUUGCUUAAGAGUGUCCUCAAAAGACUUUUAAUGGUUUUAGACAACUGUAAUGGAUUCUGUUAUUUCUCCUGAAUGUUUGGUUGGAGGCUUGGCUUUGUAGUUCUGACUGUUUCGUUUUUCUGAAAUCUUAUCUGAUUCUCAGUUAUUAUGAGUCCUA